UGUUGCCGUGAUCACGUGUGUUUUGAAAAGUUUACACGGAUGGAACGGAGCGGGCGAACGUUUGCUUUCAAAAACGAUUUUGAAGCAAAGCGAAUUUAACAACGAAGCGACUAAUAACGAUUAACGAGUUGCUAAGUCGUCUGUGGCGCCGCGACACGGGCUUAUUUAUAACAUUUGAAUAGCUUUAGAUCACGUUAGCCGGUCUUCCUUAGCUAGGGUCGUAGCCUGCAUCUGUGUGUCAACAUGGUGUUUUUCACCUGCAACGCGUGUGGUGAAUCCUUGAAAAAAGCCCAGGUUGAAAAACACGUGAACAUUUGCCGGGGGUGCCAGGUCCUGUCCUGCAUCGACUGUGGAAAAGACUUCUGGGACGAUGACUACAAAAACCACAUCAAAUGUAUCAGUGAAGAUCAGAAGUAUGGUGGCAAAGGCUACGAGGCUAAGGCGAACAAAGGAGAUGUGAAACAGCAGCAGUGGCUCCAGAGAGUCCACGAUGCUAUGAACAAACCAGGAGUCAGUCCAAAGCUGAGAGAUGUGCUCAGACAGGUCAGUUCGUAUGACAACGUACCGAGAAAGAAAGCCAAGUUUCAGAACUGGAUGAAAAAUAGUCUUAAAAUUGCCAACACCAGCCUGCAUGAUGAAGUAUGGGACAUAAUUGCAGCAGCUGACAGCGCUCCGGAGACUACAAAACCAUCUGUGGCUGAAGUCAAAAUGGACACGGAUGUAAAUGAAGAGCAGAAUGGGCAACCAAAUGCAGAGAAAAAGAAGCUGAACAAACGGGAGCGUAAAGAAGCCCGUCAGCAAAAGAAUGGGAAACGUGUGAAAAGAACUGAAAAAACAGACACACAAGAGCCGGAGGAAGACCAGGGUGGGAAAAAGGGGAAAAAGAACAGGAAGAGAAAGCAUGACUCUGAAGCAACUGGAGAUGAGGAGGAGAAUGGCCAUGAUGCUGCCAGUGAGAAGUCCUUCAAGAAAACAAAGACUGACAAAACAGCGGCUGGUGACAUUUCCAUGUCAGAGGAGACUGAAGAUCAAGCUGUUUCAAAAGGCAAAUUCAACUGGAAGGGAAACAUCAAGGCAGUACUGAAAGACUCACCUGACCAGGAACUGUCUGUAAAGAAACUCAGAAAGAAGGUUUUGGCUGCUUACUACUCUUUCACUGGUGAUCGGAAUUUUAAAACAGAGGAGGAGGUGCUUGUAACUUUCAACCAGAAGGUCAAUAACAAUCCCAAGUUUAGAGUUUUGAAAGACAGAGUAAAACUCAUUAAGUAGAGUUGUUCCACUCUCAUAGAAGGCAUGAUGUUCAUAGACUUUUAACAUUUAAAAGUCACUGUUGUCUGUCUUGCAUGUUUUUAUAGAGAUGACAUAAUCUUUAAGAUUAAACCAUUUUAUGACUCAA